AAAAGAGCAAGCGAUGGCAUAAAAGUUGACAGCUUUGUGGAAAAGAAGCGGCGUCAGUAGAAUUUAUUGCUGUGUGCGACAAAUUUGCGUGCAGUGUUGAGAGUGUUGAAUAAAGUUUGAACAAAUUAUAUAGAAUUAAUCGAAAGUAUAAUAACUUAAUUAUUAAUGAGAAUAGAAUAGCUAAACAAUAGUGUAGCAGAAAAAUUGUGCAAGAGUGUGUUAAAUAAGCACCAGAAUGAUGAUCAACACACUGCUAGAGCAUGUUCCCAUAAAACUGGAAGUGCCGGAUAAUGGCGACGACAGAGACGCAGAAAACAAUGGCAAAGAGAAAAACAAAAAUUUGAAAACGAAUGGAAAUAAUGCAGUAGUUGAGGAAGAGGACAGUGGUGGUGAUGAGGACGAUGACGAUGAAGAUUCUGACGAGGAUGACUCGGAAACGGAUCUGCUUGAGGAAGAUGAUGAAGAGACACUGGUGCCCAUAAGUAGCGAUGAAGAAGCUGAAUUGGAGGCACAACGUAUAAUAUUCCACGAACUGAUCCAAAAGAGUUUGCAAUUGCCAACGGUUGCAGCUAACAGCUCAGCAGGAAGUGGUAAAAAAGUAAAUGCAUCAAAAAUAGUUCGUGAACGUAGUGUUUCGAGUUGUGCCAGCGUUAGUAGUAAGACUUCAAUUGUUUCCUGCUCUUCUGCCUCAACCAAUGAAAGCAAGCAUUCAAAAGGCGCAGCGGUACCAAAGCAAAAGCAAGAUCCCCCAAUUAAACAACAUGUAACAAGCAGGAUUUGUGGAAAUGCAAAGAACGCCGAAUCGGAAUCGGAACAAGAGGAUAGUGCUAAGGGUUCACCACGAACGCGUGCAUCAUCAACUUGUUCCGUGGCAUCAUCGCUAGUCACACCCUCGUGUCAAACGGAAUCCUGUGGCAACAUUUAUGUGUACGAAGAACAACAAAAACUCAUUUUUAAUUGCAGUUUUUGCGAUUUACCUUACGGCGACAUGUUAACAUUCGCAAGGCAUUUACACGAUGCACACAAACUCUUCCAUGAAGAAGAAGAUGCGACAAUACCAAUGCCGGCGCGUAAAAGUGCACGCAACCUGUCGAAUCAACAGGCAGAAAAUAAGGCGCAAGCGCAGGACAACCCAAAUGUUGUGAGAGUAAAAACGGAAUUCAAUGCUUGUCAGGACAAAGUGUGCGAUGACGCCUCAAGUACGCAUUCAAUGUCUCCAGUUCCUGUGGAUGCGACACUUGAAUCAUGCGGAAAUGUCUUUAUUUUAAAUGACAAAAAACUUUUCCUAAUUUGUGGUCACUGUGAAUGCAAAUAUGCGACAUUGGAGCUGUUUCAUAAACAUUUGCGGCAACAACAUAAGUUGUUUACUGGGCCAGUCAAAGAAAUUAAUGUUUUGCCCAAGCAGGAGAUUAAGGUCGAAGCGACUGACGAAAUGUCGCAGUCAAGCCGAAUCAGUGCAACGGCCAUUGAAAGCGAAAAGCAGCGUAAAGCAAGUGUGGAAGCCAUGACCGAUUCGCCAGUGAUGGUAGUGGUGCCAAUGGCGCAGAACUUAGAUAACAAUGAUAUUUUAGCGACGACGGUAGGAGUGCAGAUACCAGAAACGCCACCUCCGGACGAAGAAAAAUCAUUGGAGAAAUCUAAAGAAAAUACGGUAAAUGACGAGGCGGUAGCAAUGGUUAUUGAAGAUACUGUUAUGGAACAACAACAGCAAACAAUCUUGGAAAGUGAAAAAGUAGGGGAAGAAGUUUGUAAACAGUUGUCAACAAGUGAAAUACCUCCAUCGGCUGAGGAGCAUGCGCAAUUGCCAAUCGAACAACAGGUGGAAGUAAAUGAGCAGGCUACAACGGCAAGUCCAGAAAGACCAGAGGAGGAAAAGUUAGUAGUAGAGGAAGAGAGAGAAGUUGGCGAAGAAAAAUCUACGACAAAACGUAAAAGAAAACGCAAAGCGGUAUUUUCAAGGCGUUCACCCCCAAAGAGACGUGCCGCUGCAACGAACAAGCUUAACUCAGCAAACUUGUUACCAAACGAUGAAGACAUUGCCAAUGUCGCUGUUCAAACAACCAAUGAAAUUUGUUCUUUACCGGUGAAAAAUGUUGAUGCUGAUGCUGAUGCAAAUAUAGAAAAUAGGGUCGAGGUAGAUUCUCAAAGACCUGAAGAAGCUGUUUCUGUAUCGGCUGACGAAACUAGAAAGUCUAUAGAAAUUCGUAUGUCCCACGAAGAACCUAUAGAAACUGCGAACAAUGCGCACACUCAUACGACUAUAGAAGUUCCAGGUGAAAGUAUUGCUAUUGUAAACUCUGAAGACGUCAAGAAAACUAAAGGUAGGGCCGCUACUAAAAGUCAAAUUCGUCCAAAGUCCACAUCAAAGAGGACACGUAAAUGCAAAAAAUCUGACAACGAGCCCAAACAAUCAUCUUUACCUACUAAGGCCGGCCCGUCAUCAAAGACUUCGUCGCCAGUUUCUUCUACGAAUUCAUCGACUGAUGUUGCUGAGACAAAAACUGAUACGUCCGUGGUGUCUAAGAAAUCUGUUUCAGGACCGAUGCGAACCACCUCCUACUCAGAGACUCAUAAGUUACGUUACGCCUGUAACCAGUGCCCAAAAUCAUUCAGCAAGUCGCCGCGUUUAGCUGAGCACAAGCGUCUGCAUACGGGCGAGAAACCGUUCAGUUGCGACGAGUGCGGCAAAACGUUCCGCAUCAAAAGGCGUCUCAGUGAGCAUAAAAUGCGUCAUCUCAAAGUGAAAGCGUACAAGUGUGAAACUUGUGGUUUACCGGUGGCCACCAAGCAGGACCUCAGACUUCAUCAACGCCAUCACACCAAUGAUCGUCGAUACACUUGCACCGAAUGUUCCAAAGCCUUUGUGCGUAGCUCUGAUUUGAAAAUACACAAAAGAGUUCAUACGGGCGAGAAGCCAUUCGUAUGCGAGAUUUGUCAGAAAACAUUUCGAGCCAACCAGAAUCUGCACGUGCAUCGGCGCUCGCACAUGGGUGAAAAGAAUUAUAAAUGUGAUUAUUGUGACAAACGCUUCAUGCGAAAUAUAGACCGUAAGGUGCAUCAUCGUACACAUACAGGUGAAAGACCAUUCAAAUGUGAAAUUUGUGGACGUUGCUAUUCAUCACGCGCUCAUGUACGUUCACACAUACAACGAGAACAUGUGGAGAAUGCAGGUGAGGCGAAGAGUGAGCGCAAGAAAUCGGAACGUAAAACGAAACCACCCGAGGAUGAACUUGUGAAACAGCAACAACUCAUUGAUGAAUUACAAGAGCAAAUACUGCAAUGUUUGAAAACUGAUGAUUUGGAGGAGGAAGAUGUUUUGCCAACGACGAAGAAUGAAAAACCCACUGAAAUAAAAAAGCAGAAACGUCAAAAAUCAACUCCAAGGUCUUCGCCAGCACUAAAGAAAGCAGUGGAUGUCAAUUUGUCGACACCUUCACCACGUCAACAAGCACAAAACUCCCCAUCGAUUGGGGUGCAACAGGUAUCCGUAACUGUGUCAAUGCAAGUGCAAAAGGAUGUGAGCAUAGGCGAUGAGCCCAUGCCGGAGAAAGAGAAUGCCGCCAAAAUCGUGGGCGGUGUCGCAGCACCACUGAACAAAAACGCAAAGAAUGAGCGUAAAAUUACGAGCUAUUUCACUGUGUUGGGACAAAAAACAGAAAUUUAAAGACUUGCACAUUUCAAAUGGAAUAAAACACAGAAUAUUAUUUUACAAUUCAUAGUGGUUACGUAAGAUAAGGAAUACAUAGAUUUAUCUAAGACAACGUUACAUAUUUAGAAUUCUCAAAUCAUAUAUUAUAAAGAAAUAGAUAUAUUUUCAUAUAAGUCACCGCAUUCAAAAAAAAAAAAUAUGCAAAUGCAGCACUGUCAAAGAAACACAAAACGAAUUCAUGUAAAAGACCUCGCCUAUAAACUGUUAAAAACUCAUUUCAUAUAUUUUGAGAUGUUGAGUUUUUUGUUGAACUUAUAUUGAAUAUGACCACUUGCUUGUGGUUUUGCUAAAUUUAUCAUUACUUUAAAUACUUAUUUCCUGAUAUUACACAAAGUUGCUUCAGUGCCAACUAAUAUUCCAUGAACAAAAUAUGCAACAACUAUUUUAUUUAGCUUAACUGCUAUACCAACUCGCUUCUUUUGAGUUACUGAAAACAAAAAAGUCAACAAAGUGUGUUUCAACACAUACUCAUACCAUAACACACACACUUACAAUGCAUACCAUUUACUUUAUAUAAUAUUAUACUCAUUAAAUUAAAAAUACAUUCAUAAGUUCGUUUUAAUUUUAGCAUACUUUUUAACUAUGUACGAACUUUUGUAGCGUUGCACGGUUUAAUUCUAAUGCAUACCUAGUUUUAAUUAUUUUUUGUAGCUUUUAAACGAAACGCUCAAUUUAUGGAUUUAUUUGCUCAAAAACUUAUAUUCGUAAAUGAUUUAAAUACAUUCUUUCCAGAAUUAAUUUAAGUUCGCCGCUGGGUGAACGAACAGAAAAUACUUAAAAGACAAAGGAAACGCAAAAACACACCGAUGUGAUGUCAAUGUCACGUUAAAUGAAUUAUCUAGUUGCCGCGUCCGAAUAUGCAUAUAUGUUUGGGAGUAGGGUGUUUGAAAACGCCAGCUACCAUCCCAUGUCCUCAGCUGCAGCAGAAAUAUGCGAGCUGCUGCCUGAGCGCUUGGGGUGUGUGCACAGCACAGGGGUGGCCGGGAUACUUUGUCCGCUUCAAUGUGCUGUUGUUUGAAAGGAAGCGUUCGCUUCAACCCCCGGCAUAUAUGUGUGUAUGUAUGCAUAUGUUUGAGAUACACGCUUUGCCGUACUUGUGAAAAUAGUGCGUGUAGAGAGACGAUUAAGUCUUUGAUUACACAAUUUUUUUCAAUACU